ACGUCACAAUAUUCUGGUCUCGGCUGCGAGCUAACGAGCAACGCUUUAUAUUCGCCAAAGCGGAGUUUGUGGCUCUCUAGCUGCGUCUUUUCACGGGACGACGGUGGAUACAGAGAGGAGAAAGUCUCCUUGCACAAAACUGUUUCUCGGGCUGUGCGGGGAUUAAAGUCGCUCCGCUUUCGUCGAAACUGGCAGUGGUGCGGAUUCAUGCUUAAGCUAAAUGCGGUACGAAGCUAAAAUGAUGCCGAUGUUCCUGACAGUUUACCUCAGUAACAAUGAUCAACAUUUUACUGAGGUUCCCAUCACUCCAGAAACACUAUGUCGGGACGUGGUGGACUUGUGCAAGGAGCCGGGGGAGGCCGACUGUCACCUGUCGGAAAUGUGGCGCGGAUCCGAGCGAGCCGUAGGGGACGGGGAGCGGAUGCUGGAUGUGCUACAACGAUGGGGACAGCACAGGGCGGAGGUGCGCUUCUUUCUGCGUCACAACCGAGCCCCAAGUAGGGAAUCGGGGGGGUCCAGAGGCUCAGAGCCAAAGAGAAAUGGGGUGAAGUGUCCCCCAGACAGAAGGAUGGAGAAUGGGGUGUCAACACCCAGGAUGGACAUGACUUUGGCAGAGCUACAGGAGAUGGCAGCCAGGCAGCAGCAGCAGAUUGAAGCCCAACAACAACUCCUCGCUUCCAAGGAGCAGCGACUGCGCUACCUAAAGCAGCAGGAGCAGCGUCAUCAGCAGCAAGCCUCUGAACAGGAGAAGCUGCAGCGCCUCCGUGACAACAUCGAGAACCAGGAGGGGCGCCUCAAGAAGGUCCGAGCCCUCAAAGGCCAAGUGGAGCAGAAGCGCCUUAGCAACGGCAAACUCGUGGAGGAGAUCGAGCAGAUGAACAACCUCUUCCUGCAGAAGCAGCGAGAGCUGGUGAUGGCCGCGUCCAAGGUGGAGGAGCUUAGCCGACAGCUGGACUUGCUCAAAAGUGGCAAAGUGGACAACUACCAUGACAACCAGAGCUCCGUGGCUGAACUGGAGCGCCUCUACAAGGAGCUACAGCUGAGGAACAAGCUCAACCAGGACCAAAAUGCCAAACUGCAGCUGCAGCGAGAGAACCUGAACAAGCGCAACAUGGAGGCGGCCGCCAUGGACAAGAGGAUCAGCGAGCUCCGCGAUCGACUGUGGAAGAAGAAGGCGGCUCUGCAGCAGAAGGAGAAUGUGCCCAAUGGCUAUCCCAGUAAAGAGAGGGCUUCAAAAGACACUCAUCCUCAGGUGCCUUCUGAUGGACCUGCCAGUCAACAACAGUCAGGUGGUACAUCUCGUGUGGCAGCGGUCGGCCCGUACAUCCAGUCGUCCACACUGCCCCGCGGUGGCCCGGGCAGACAUGACCUGCUUGUAAAACCAGCCUACCCGGACGGCACCUCCACCUUGCCGACGCAUGAUCUGCAGAGCAAGGGUGGAACAGAAGCCAUAUUCUUGUUUGAGCCUCUGAAAGAGCUUCGGGCCAAGAGAAAAGGGAGCCAUUCAUCGAAACUGGAGUCAAAUGGUCAUGUUCCAGCUUCUUCAACACUCCCACGAAUGACAUCUCACUCCCACAAAGACCAAGAUGACACAGAGCCCAAGAGGGACAGGAAGGUGCGUCCAUUUUCCAUGUUUGAACCGACUGAGGUUCCUGCUACAUCACUCCGCAAAAACCAGAGCAGUGAUGACUUGGUUAGGGAUGCCCAGUCUGCUCCCAAGGUGCCAGUCAAGGUCCCGCCACCUGUGCCCACCAAACCAAAAGGCCCAAAUGUCAUCCCAUAUGGCAAGCAGGGCCUCAACACGGGCACCUUUCCUAAAACUAAGCCUCACAGCAGCCACCCCCAACCUGGCCAAGGCCACGUCCCUCUCCUGCCCUCCCAGAGCCAGACACUCCCCCUGCCUCCAAAGCAGGACCCUCCACCCGCUGCCACUGUGCGGCCUUUCACCCCGGAGCUGCCUUCUUCCAAGCCGCAGACCCUUGCCACCAGCUCCAUCUACUCCAUGUACACUCAGCAGUCUGGCAUACAGGGAGCCCUCAGCAGAUGUCAGAGCCGCCCCAAUGGCUUUGUUAGUGUGUAUGGGAAGCCGGUGAUUCCCAGUGGAGGCUCCCAACACCUGGAGAACCCUUACUUGGAACGUCGCUCCCCAGCGCUGGAAUCCGAGGUGGACCACAACAGUGCAAACCACACAGGUCCCAGUCCAUCCGAGGGCGCCCAACCAGAAACUGAGCGCAUCCCGCGACCCCUCAGCCCCACCAAGCUGCUCCCUUUCAUUUCUAACCCCUACCGGCACCAGAGCGACGGGGACCUGGAGGCCCUCAGGAAGAAGCUCUACAACGCCCCCAGGCCCCUGAAGAAGCGCAGCUCCAUCACGGAGCCAGAGGGACCCGCGGGGCCCAACAUCCAGAAGCUCCUCUACCAGAAAACCACGCUGGCAGCCAUGGAGACCACUGUGAUUACGACGACCACUCCCGCCUCUCCUGGUGAAGCAGAGAAGGGGUCUGAGGUAAUCGUGGUGCCACACUUUCCGAGCCCAUUGAGCGGCGCAGAGAACCACCCCUCAGAUGCGGCACUAUCUCUGGAGGGACCCCAGUUCCCGGGUGGGAAUGUUCACAUUCCAGCUCCCAUAGAACAAACCAGAUCACCCGCCGUCAUCCUCGACUCCGAAGACAUCGUCCCCCCGCCUCCUCCGGCACACCCGGCCCCUCGGCCCGAAGAUGCUCUCUUCCCGCCGCCGCCCCCUGCUGGUCUGGAGGACCCCAUCCCUAACCUGCCCCCUCUGCCUCCAGAGGGCUUCCUGGAAGAGUUCCCCCCUUACCCGCCGCCUCCGUACCCCAGUGGAGCGGAGCAGGACAGCCUGGGCGAGGACACCUUUAAUAUGAAAGCGCCUGAGGUCACCGGUCAGGUUGCUCUGCCUCCAGGCAAAAGGACCAACCUGCGCAAACUCGGCUCGGAACGCAUCGACCAUAACAUGAGAGUCAAGUUCAACCCGCUGGCCCUGCUUCUCGACUCCUCUCUGGAGGGAGAGUUUGACCUGGUCCAGAGAAUUAUCUACGAGGUGGAGGACCCCAGCCAGCCCAACGACGAAGGUAUCACCGCGCUACACAACGCCGUGUGCGCCGGACACACGGAGAUUGUCAAGUUUCUCGUCCAAUACGGCGUCAAUGUCAACGCUGCAGACAGCGACGGCUGGACGCCUCUUCACUGUGCCGCCUCCUGCAACAAUGUGCAAGUGUGCAAGUUCCUGGUGGAGUCUGCCGCCGCCGUCUUCAACACGACGUACAGCGACAUGCAGACGGCGGCCGACAAGUGCGAGGAGAUGGAGGAAGGUUACACCCAGUGCUCCCAGUUCCUAUAUGGCGUUCAAGAGAAGAUGGGCAUCAUGAACAGGGGCGUGGUCUAUGCCCUGUGGGACUUCACGGGAGAGAAUCCCGACGAGCUGUCCUUCAGCGAUGGGGACUGCAUGACGGUCGUCCGCCGGGAGGAUGAGGACGAGAUCGAGUGGUGGUGGGCGCGCCUGGGAGACAACGAGGGCUACAUUCCCCGCAACCUACUCGGGCUGUACCCGAGAAUAAAGCCACGACAGAGAAGCCUCGCUUAAGGAUUCCUGCACAUUUCAACAUGCACACUAACACACACAUACACUACUCUUAUUAUGUUGGACUUUGGGGUAAAAUUUUAGGCUCUCAGAGUUAAGUCACAGAAGUGGAUGUCCUUGGAAAUUUUCAUAGAUCAAACACCUGUUGUGUAUUUUGCCGUUCAGCUCCUUGUUGGCGACCAGAAAGUUGUGCAAAAAGUACUUAAAUAUUGAAGUUUGCAUUCAGAAGUUUAGAGAAGGUUGGAUUCAAUUCACCUGUUAAGGUUAUAGCGCAUCUUAGGUUCAUCGUGAAAUUUCACCCCAAAUCCCAAUAUCCCUAAGGUUUUCUGGUUAGUGCGUGUAUGUAAACACACACACACUGGCUUUAACAAUCUGGAAAGAGAAGGAAACGGCUGCAAUGAAGUAACACUGAAGCAGAACUGGGGAACCCACACCACCUUAUGGGCCAUAUAUGGAAAAUAAAACCUCAGAGGUACUCUUAUAAACAUUUUCAAGUCUUAUUUGUUCAUAAAUUUAGUAAGGCCCUCGGAGGACUUUUUUGACCAAGGUUCCCCACCCCUGCACUAAAAUGAAGGAUCACCUAAUGAACACUUUGUGGCCCAACUGUGGCACUUUUCUUUUACCCGGUUUCGCUGUUUUUUUUUUUUAUUACUGUCGUGUGAAUUCGUAAAAUGACCGAAACUGUGGAUGUAAACGGAACUCGCAGUAUUUGACGUUUUUACCACAGCUGUCAGGUUUCUGGUUCCUUUGUUGAACAGCAUCACAUGACGAGUAAAUGUGUGUUGCUGAUGAAAUAAAUGCUCAGUUACCGUGACAAUCUUUAGCAGAGGCUUGUUUUUAUUUGACUGUGCCUCAUUCUAUAUCUGCACUGGAGGUGUGACGUCUCCAGCUAAAUAAAAAUCAAUUGAUCAGUACUAUUCGAUUAAUUGCUGUUCAGCACGUGGCCGAUGACGCCCGAAUACCUUUUGAGCAUUUAUACGAUACCCUUGAUAUUCAGCUUAAUGUCUGUCCAUUUACUGUUAUGCUCUUUGUCCUCAUUAGUCAUUUAGCGCACUAGUAGAUCGACUCGUCCACAAAUCUUCAAUAUCGAAUAAAUCCUCAGCCAUCCUUAAAAAAACGUUUGUCCAUCUUAAGGUACUAGUUGGCCAAAAGUCUGCUAGUGCACCGAAUUGUCUUACUAGUGACGACAGACCGUAUUAGUACAUGGAAUGGAUGGAUAUCAAGGCUUUGGAAAGCCGUUAGAACAUUUAUUCGAUUUGAAAACAUUACUAGUCAGAGAGUCCUUCCGCUAGUGCACCUUAAUAAUCCUUCUCGUGGCCUGAAUUGUCUUACGAGUGAAGACAAAAGUCUACUAGUACAUGAUAUCCACCUUAAGUUUCAUAUCAGGGAUACAGAAAUAUUCACUUCAGCAUAUAUUCAAUAUCCUUGAUAUUUAAAUUUAGGUCGUACUAGUAGGCCAAAAGCAGCACUAAUAUACCAGUAAACCUUUAAGUUCUUCUACUAGUGCACUAGCCAUUUAAGCAUUUAUUCGAUAUCAAGGAUAUCAAAGUCUGUUGAACAUUGGUUAUCCUUGAUAUCCAUCUUAUGGUUAGACUAAUAAGCCAAAAGUAUUAUUAGUCCUUCUGCGAGUGCACUGAAUUGUCUUACUAGUUGGUACAAAGCGCGUACUAGUCCAUGGGCCUUAAUGUGCAUAUCAAUGUUACCGAAUAAAGGCGCAAAUGACUUUCCAUGGCCAUUGUGCUUGGGCUGAGAUGCCACUACUUGUGUAAAUGUGCUUCUUAGUCACAAACUAGUGAUUUGACGCCGUAGCAGUGAAAAUGACCGAGAGAGAAUAUGCAGUAUCUUAUGUUCCAGCCAUUCCCCCACUAGUAAUGUACAGUGACAAGUUAAGCUGACUACCAAGAAACAUAGUCGUUAAUAACAAAUGGUUUAGCAUGUAUUCCUAAUUCACGGACUGUUUCUCAUUUUACUUAACCUGAGCAUAUCUCACAGUGGAGAUGUAUUUAUUUUUGUUACCAUGUUUCCAUAUGCUGUCUAAGAAGUAUAACCUCAAAUUUUCAACAUUUAUAAUAAAAAUACUUUGUACCAUG